AUGAAUUAGAUUAAUAUUAUUAAGAGAAAUUAAAUAUUUAUAUUUGUUAUUAAUUAGGAUCAACUAAAUUUUGAUUUCUAAUUAAAAGCUUUAUUCUUUUUUAAUCCAUUGGCUGUUCCAACAGUGACAAAACCAUCUGAAUAAGUAAUUAAUUUAUUUAGCUUUUAGGAUUGA